UGCAACAAGUUGUUCGUGUUUUUGUAACUCCGAAUUCUUCUGUGAUUGUUGAUUUUUAUUACGUAUUUGGGAGUAAACUGUAUUAAAAGUAUCAUCUUUCGUUUACGUGAAAUCAUCGUUUUAUACGAACGUUUGAAUUUGAUAAUCCAAUACGUCGCCCAAGUUGUGCUUUUAUUUUAAGAAAAUAUAACAGUCUUGAUCGCGGUGCAGCAAAAAUGUGCGACUUCUUCCCCAAAAUGAACGAGGGUCGUCGAGGGAGUGCCUCAACCGAGGCUAGCACCUUGUCAGACAUAUCUGGCAUUUCGGCGUUAUCUGGGGGUAGCGAUUGCCAUGUUACUGCCAGGUUGCUCGACUUGAUGACCAAGACCGAUUACGAAUUGGUCCAAGAAAAUGGUCAACGCAGACUAACCGCCCCCGAGUUGACCGCGGAAGUGAGAGAACGGAUCAAGGGAGCGGAAAUAUUUUUGGGAAGACUACCGCGAGAUUGCUACGAAGACGAGCUCAUGCCGAUUCUAGAGAAGGCUGGUCGAUUGUUGGAACUGCGAUUGAUGCUCGAUUUUUCUGGACAAACUCGGGGAUAUGCGUUCGCUUUGUAUCCUGAUGCAAGGACAGCCAGACGAGCAUGCAGUAUGUUAGAUGGUUAUAAAAUAAGACCAAACCACCCGAUCGGUGUAGUCAAGUCAGUUGACAAUUGUAGGUUGUUUUUUGGGGGCGUACCAAAAAAUAAGACGAAAGAAGAAUUCAUGGAAGAACUGAGCAAACUUAUGGAGGGAAUCGUUGAUAUAUAUUUGUAUCCUAAUGCCCAAGACCGAUCACUUAAUAGAGGAUUUAUAUUCGUAGAGUUUAAGGACCAUAGGUCAGCAGCAAUGGCUCGAAGAAAACUUAUUCCAGGUAGGGUGUUAUUGUGGGACCACGAAGUUGCAGUCGACUGGGCUGAUCCAGAACCUGGUGAACCUGUUGAUGAAGAUAUCAUGGAAAAUGUAACGGCUCUUUUUGUCAGAAAUUUGUCCAUGGAUCUUCCACAACAAAAAAUAAGAGAUAUCUUUCAAAAAGCAACCAAUAUUCCAAUUUUGAAAUUGAAAAAGAUCAAUCAUUUUGCUUUUGUACAUUAUGAAACAAGAGAUGCAGCAGAAAGAGCAAUGAGAAUUUUAAAUUUACCUGGAGGAGUAGCGGAAAUGGAACAAUGGGAAAUAAACUGGGCAAAACCAAUUGGUCCAAUUAAACAAGCAGAGCGUCAAAGAUGCAUUAAUGAAGCCAUUCAACAAUCAAAGAAUAUGACCCAAAGAGAGAUCAAAGGAAAAAAAAUAUUCAAGAAUAAAGUUCAAAAAUGUCCAAUAAAUACGGAAAAUGAAAACACAGAUUACUUAGAUUUUUAUUAUGCUGGGAUUUUAGUCGACUUCGUAACUAAUGUUAUGCAAGCAACAUGUACUUUUGAUUGCUUAUCAAGUUAUGAACCACCUGGCUAUAUCAACAAGGUGACCGUAUUCAAAGGAAAUGUGAUAAUUUAUGAAGAUUUUGGUCCUGUGCAACCAACUAAGCAAUCAUCUUUAGAUGCAGCUGCUACAAUUAUUUUUGAAAAAUUGAAGUCUUCUCAUGACCUAAAUAUGUAUCAUGGUAUGUAUGGACCUCCAAUGAAUGAUAUUACAAGACAAAUGAUGCAUAUGAAUAUGAAUGCCAUGGGUCCUACUCCUCAACAAUCUUGCAGUUUCUAAAAUGAAUGAAAAUAUCGUAACAAUUACGGAAUCAAAUUAGGUUACCCUCCUGUCACUUUAACGGCAAAAAACUUUUUUGACUAUUUUUAUCUAACGCAACAAACCAUACAUUUUUUUUCAACUAGAAAUUUUUUUCUAUUAAUAUUAGCGUUCUCGAUUCUUAUCUUCCAAAAUUUCUUUGGAAAAAGACAAUAAUUAAUUCUUUAAUUGUAGCGAUUUCUUCAAAACUAUUGACUGUUUAAAUAACUCGUAAUUUUUAUG